AUGGCGUCCUCCGACAACUUGACGGCGAUGGAGCAGCCGUGGGGUUUCCGUCCGACAUUCACCGACGCUUGGGUUCCGGAUGUCUACAACAGGGAGACGGACGCCUUUACAAGGGCGCUGCAGAUGUCCGACGGCCGCGGCGCCGAGAUGGUGGAGUCCUUCCUCGUCGCGCCGGAUGCGGCGCCCGUCCAUACGCCGACGGCCUCCGGCUGCUCGGAAAACGAGGUCGUCGCUACCCGCGGCGUCGGCGCGUCGGGUCCGCGCCGUGGGCCGCCUCCGGCGGGAGGGAGGGUGGCGAAGCGGAGGUCGCGUGCGUCGAAGAGGAGGUCGGUGACGACUUUCAUCGCGGCGGACGCGGUGAACUUCAGGCAGAUGGUGCAGCAGGUGACCGGCGUGAGGUUCCCCGGCGCCGUCGGGGUGAUGACGCCGGCGGCGGCAACGGAGGCUCAGCUGCUAAGGCCGGAGCCGCACAGGAUGGUGGAUUGGCAUCGGAUCCAGAUGGGCAGCUUUCUGCCGGCGUUCAGCGCGUCGGGUAUCCUGGCGGACGGCUACCCCUCGAACCUGGUGGCGCCGCCGCUUCCGGCGGCGGGGCACGAGGGUGGCGGGCUCGAGUUCGACCCUUUUUGUAGUUUUCCGACCCUCGAGUCGUGGAAGGUGAUGUAG